AUCAGGAAGGAACUUUCAUUCUCGCCAUCAUCACAUUGACUCAACUCACAAUUAACACAAUGAUACAUAGACAGACAUUUGCAACGACGGCCGAUUUUGCCAAUGCAGCAACAUCUUCAUCUCCAGACACUUUGAGUGAAUUACAACGUAAUGCUCUUGAUUCGAUGUUACGUGUAGAUCAUUCGGGUGAGAUUGCAGCCAAUACGAUCUACAUUGCACAAGCAAGAGUGUUUGGCUUAUUGGGUGACCAGACAACGUCAAAGAUGUGUUGGGUUUUGUUGGAAACGGAAAAGAAGCAUCUCAAAGUAGCGGAAAAGCUACUAAUGCAACAUAGAGUCAGGCCAAGUUUAUUGAACCCGAUUUGGGGUAUUGCGGGAAGUGUAUUGGGAGGAGCAACUGCACUAAUAGGCAAAGAAGGCGCAAUGGCUGCAACAGAAGCGGUUGAGACAGUGAUUGGAGAACACUAUGAUGACCAGCUGAAGACUCUAUCAGCAAUGACUUCGGGAAGUGAGAAAGUUCAUCCUUCCCUUGAGCUAUUGAGGAACAUCGUACAAGAAUUCAGAGAUGAUGAAUUGGAGCAUUUAGAUACAGCCGUUGAACAUGACGCACAACAAGCACCAGCACAUGCUCUUCUGAGUGCAAUUAUUGGGUUUGGAUGCAAGGGUGCCAUUGAAGUGGCCAAAAGGUUUUGA